AAAGUGAAAGCAAAAUGGCGGACAGAGAAGCAAGGGAAGUUGUUAUUUCCACGUCUUCGUCUGCAAGACUGUUACGAUGGCGAGUUAGUCCUGGCUCAGAAGUUAGAGAAGGGAGUGUUCUUUGUUUCUAUGAAAUUAUUGGUGACGGGGAUCGGGCUGGAUCUUUCAUAACUCAGCCGAAACUCAAAUCAGCCUUUACUGGUAUAGUCCGUGAAUUGCUGGUCGCUGAGGGAGAAAUCGUAGCAGCCAGCAUGCCAGUAUUGUUGAUAGAUGAAGCAGAAUGUGAACAUCGGAUGGUCAUGAAAGAUUUAUGCUGUGACUGUGGUGCUGAUCUCAGAAAACUUCGUGAAGAACAAGAUGAGCCAUCUUCCCCAACUUUGGCAUCUGUGCCACUUAUACAUAACAUUCCUGAGCUAAAAGUGAGCCAAGAGGAGGCAGAAGCUUUGGGAAAAAAGGAUGAGGAGCGACUCCUUCAAACUCGCAAAUUGUCCCUUGUAGUGGAUCUGGACCAGACCCUCAUUCACACAACUAUGGAGCUGAUACCACAAGAUAUGGAGGACGUCCAUCACUUUCAACUACCUGAUCAGCAUGUGUGGUAUCACACUAAGAUCAGGCCAGGAGCAGUGAACUUCCUGAACAGUGUAUCCAGUCUUUUUGAGCUGCACAUCUUCACCAUGGGCUCAAGAAUGUAUGCUCACACUAUAGCCAGAAUGUUAGACCCUACUGGAAAACUCUUUGCACACAGGAUUCGUUCAAGGGAUGAGUGCUUUAAUGCAUUUUCCAAAUCUCAUGACUUGAGGGCAAUAUUUCCUUGCGGUGAUAACAUGGUUUGCAUAAUAGAUGAUCGGGAAGAUGUUUGGAAUUUUGCCGCCAACUUGAUUCGCGUCAAACCCUACCAGUUCUUCAAAGGAGUAGGGGAUAUUAAUGCCCCACUAGGUGGAUCUGCUCUAGUCACAGAAGAUACCAACCCCUUCGGAAAUCCUGGUAAUCGAAGUGAAACUACUACGGAUGAUGCAAAAAUCGAAGAGUCGAAUUCUCGGGACGACAACGAAGGUGGUGUUACGGAGCAGAAGAAAAAUGAUGCAGCGUUUGACGACAAUGGAGAGACAGAACGAAAAGUUGCUAAUCCGGAGACAAAGGAAAUUCAGAAAUUAGAUGAAGAUAUGCAAAUUUCCUCGGAUAGCAGUGAGCCUGUUAUUGAAGACAUCGAGCAGAACAAAAGUGAAAAGAUCACUGGAGAAGUAGUUGAAGAAAAAGGGGCCUCAUCCAAAGUAGUGGAAAAUGGCGGAGGUGAUAGCGCGAGCAAUAAAAUUGUAAGUGAGGAGUCGACUGAAAUCCAGAAAUCGAGUGUAAAUACAAGAAACGGAAAACAGAAUGCCGAUGGAAAAGCUGAAAAUGAAUUAGAGCAGCGACCAUCUGAGGGAAGUGUUAGCCCGUCAAGUAAAACUGAGUUGAAAGGUGAAGGAGACCAAACGAAAAUCAAGAAAUCACGGCAGCAAGCCUACGCGUUCGGUGAUGGGGACGACGAUUACCUCCUCCACCUGGAGGACAUUUUACGUCGAAUACACGAUGUUUAUUACAAAACUGUAGAAAGCGUUCAAUCGCAGGCUCCAGAAGAGGUGAAAAACAAUCCUAACAUUUUAAAAUAUUGUACACCAGGAACAUCGACUCCGGAUACGAAGAUGAUAAUGACCGAACUACGCCGGGAUGUACUUCGGGGAGCUAAUGUAGUCUUUACUGGAGUAAUUCCUACAUCGACAAUACAAGAAGACAGUCAACCAUGGCGCGUUGCACGCGCCCUAGGUGCUAACGUUAGUAAUGCGAUUGUUACACCCAAAGAUACAAACUCUAUCGGUGACGUAACCACCCACGUGAUCGCAGGUCGUUUAGGGACAGAGAAAUCGUACCGAGCGGUAAAAUCCCGCGGGAUAAAGGUAGUGAAUCCCGGUUGGUUGUUCUGCUGUUUUGAACGCUGGGAGAAGGUGGAUGAGCGUUUAUUUCCAGUUGAAGGCUUAGAGAAAUACAAGCAACAGGUCCGGGAUCAUGGCACACCUCGCGGGACACCUGGAGAAACUGCAGAUACAAGAGCAGUUGAAAAAGCGAUUUUGGACUUGGAUGUUGUUGAUAAGGAAAAUGUGGUCACUAAAUCAAGAUCUGAUUCGGCAAGUAGUGCGGAUCUUCUUAUGUCUACCUUGAACCCCUUAUUAUCAUUUUCGCCUUCGGAGGUCGAAGCUAUGGAUAAAGAAGUCGAGGAUCUUAUGAACGACAGCGACGAGGAGAGCGAUUUGAUAGGAAGUGUGUCAGAAUCGAGCAGUCCUUCUGAUUCCGAAAAAUCAGAAUCAACGAGUAAGCGAAAGCGAGAGAAGGAAAGAGACUCGCCGGAGGAUGAUGAUGAGUUGGCAGGCAAGAAAGUGAAACUUGAUGAUGACGAUGAUGAUGGACAAAAUGAAGGGGAUGAAGAAAAAGAUUCUGAUAAAGUUUCAAGCAGCCUUGAUUCUGACGAUGAUUACACUCGCCGCUCGACACCAAGUGACGAUGAAGAAGAUAAUGAUAUGGCGGCCAUGUUAGAUGCAGAGUUAUCUCAUUCUUGAGUAACGUUAGCUUACUGUGUAAAUUUGAAGAGCUGUUUUUGAUUGAGUGCCAAAAAUAAUAUGGGAUUCUUUUGGGUUUGCUUUACUUCGCACUUUGAUCAGUCCAAAAAAUACACGCCACUCUCUUAACCAAUCAAAUGCAAAACUAAAAUCA